GUUUCCGGUUCCGGCCGUCCUUGGUCAGUCCGCUUUUGUGCUACGUGUCGCUGGCGUCUGAAAGUUUGCCGGGCAGGCAUCAUGGAUCAGGUAAUGCAGUUUGUUGAGCCGAGUCGGCAGUUUGUGAAGGACUCAAUUCGGCUGGUCAAAAGGUGCACUAAACCUGAUAGAAAAGAAUUCCAGAAGAUUGCCAUGGCAACAGCAAUAGGAUUUGCUAUAAUGGGAUUCAUUGGCUUUUUUGUGAAAUUGAUCCAUAUCCCUAUUAAUAACAUCAUUGUUGGUGGCUGAAUACCUUUUUAGAAGAGUUUUUCAUCUUGGGGAUUGGUGAAUAAGUGAGGAUUUGAGAAGCUCAUGGAGUAAAAAUCUGUCUAUA